AAGAAAAAAAAAAUGUAAAAACUCACAUUUUCUCUGAGACUUUCACAUUGUCUCACCCAUCGGUUUCAGGAGAGAGAGGUUAGUAAAGUGGGAAAAUGCAGGUGGAGAAUUGUAGGGUUAGGGUUUCGAUUAAGCUUACUGAUUCACGCCAUGGAUUCACCUGAAAUUCCCAAAAUCAUAGCCAGCACAUCACCUUCCUCAGAUUCUCCUCCAGUUCAAGGGAAGGUCAAAGUUAGGGUUUUGGACUUUUGGAAUUUGAGGGUUUAGUGGUGGAGAAGUUGAAUUUGUGAUUCUGUGAUGUCUCUCAAUGUGCAACGCAAUCGGGUUUCUGAGUCACCAGUUUUCAGUUACAUUAGCAAUCUAUCACCAAUACAGCCUGUGAAGGCUUCACAUGCAGCGCAAGGGUUCCCGGGACUUAGCUCUCCUCCUCUUGUGUUCACGUCACCACGCAUAAAUACACUCCGGGAAACAAGUUUCUUGAAAAGGCCUCAAUACCCACAAUUAUCCAGUGCAGAAAAACCUAAAGCACAAGAUGAAGCCAAGAAAUUUGUUGAUGGUCCAGUUGAUUCCAAGAAACAUAUUACCCAACUGCAGAUGGGAUCGAUUACUGAUUCUCAGGACUGUGAGACCAACAGUUCCUCAGAGGGUGUUGAUGAAUACUUAGCCGAUCCCAUGGAGAUGGACUGUACGAAUUCUGCUCAAUCAGUCAAUCCAUGUUUGAAAGAAUCUAAAAUUUCCUAUAAAUCUGAGGCACCAUCAGAGCAGGCUACAGAGGACCUUCAAGGAAAGCAAACAUUUGAUGCAAAACCUGUCAAAAUUAAAGAGCUUAGUCAUGGUGCGUUGCCAUCUUCCGAGCGCCCAAAGGUUGGAUCCGGAAUAUCUGUCGAUAAUGCUUUCAAUGGAGAGUAUCACCAUGGUUUGCAUAAUCAGUCACAGGGCUUCGGAGGUCAACACCAGGAUGAUUGUGAUCAUAGCCCUCAAUCUCCUCCUGGACGUUUGCAGAUUGGUCAGGUGUAUGAGGAUUGUACAGAGAACGUCGGUGGAACCUCUAAGGGAAUAAUCGGGAACAUGAUAUUGCAUGCUCCUAAUAAGGUCAAAAAUGACCAAGGUGGCAUGCAUAGACGUUGUCUUCAGUUUGAAGAGGCUCCUCCUUGUGCCACUGGAAAAAGAGACAGUUCUUCUAUAGAGAAAGUUAACGAUUCAGAACCACCUGCCAGCACUGCAGAAUUGGAGAUUGUGAAAGUAUCUUAUGCAGCAACUUCCAAGAGACAGAUGGGUGCCUCAUUGCCACCUCUGUAUGGUGGAAGCUCUCCUUUAACUGUGCCCAAACCAUCAGGUAUUGGCUUGCACCUAAACAGCAUAGUCAAUGCUGUACCCUUUGUUCGUGGUGCAACAACAAGCAUAAAAUUAGCAGAUCACGACAUUGGUUUGCAAGUUAUGAAAUCAUCAGCUGUUGUGAGCCACCAUUUAUCGGAGAAUGUGAGGGAUGACACUGAAACUUCUUCAAUUGCUGCAAGUUCCUCCAUCACCCAGUCUCCCCACACUGUGGAAUUUGAGCAUCUUGGAUCUCCCCUUGAGGAGAGGAAAUCUGAUUCUCAGAAUGUUGACAGUUAUAAGGAGUUGAACCAAUCUAGUUCACAAAAGAAAAGGAAAAGAACACCAAGCUCUAAAGAUAGUGAUGGGUGCAAGCGGUGCAACUGUAAGAAGACCAAGUGCUUGAAACUUUAUUGCGAUUGUUUUGCUGCUGGAGUUUAUUGUGCCGAAACUUGUGCUUGCCAAGGAUGCUUUAAUAUACCCGAUUAUGAAGAUACAGUUCUUGAGACGAGGCAACAAAUUGAAGCCCGUAAUCCACUUGCAUUUGCCCCCAAGAUUGUACAGCUUGAAGAAGAAAUUCAGUUUACACCAGCCUCGGCAAGACACAAAAGGGGGUGCAAUUGCAAAAAGUCAAUGUGUCUGAAAAAAUAUUGUGAAUGCUAUCAGGCCAAUGUUGGAUGCUCCAGUGGAUGUCGCUGUGAUGGAUGUAAAAAUGUUUAUGGCAGGAAGGGAGAUUAUGGUCCAAUAGAUCAUGGUGUGACUAAAGACAUGAUUAGUGACAAAGCCGGCAAGGAAACAUUUGAUGAGAAGCUGGAAAUGGUGGCAACAAAGAAAGAUGCUUUGUCUACUGAGUUGUAUGAUUCACACAACCACACUCCAUUGACGCCAUCAUUUCAGUGCUCAGAUCCUGCAGAUAAUGUACCAAAAUCCCCUUGCCUUCUUACAAGUUACCUUCGAUCACCUGAAUCUGAUCUUACCGUCAUAUCAUCUUAUGAAAAAUCAACAAGAUCCUCUCUGAGAAAUUCAGAGACCAGUGGGAUUCUUCUGGAGACAAGUAAAGAAUUAUCAGGUAUGGGUUAUUACUGCUGGCAGGAGGACUAUGACAACAUUGGAAUAGCAGACACUUUUUCACCAAGAUACGACGCUGCCCCCAUUAUAUGCCAUAUUACUCCAUUAUCAGAUCUUUGCUCAAAGGCCUCAGCUUCUUCCACAUCAUCAAGAAGUGAUUGGAAAAAUGCUUCACAAGUUCAGCUAUGCCCUGAAAGUCAAGGUCUGUCAUCCAAUAGUUCUCUUCGUUGGUGUAGUUCACCACUCACCCCAAUGACUCGGUUAGGUGGGACGGAAUGUUCUCAAGGUCUGGACUUUGACCAUGGGCUUUCUGACAUUAUGCAAGAAGAAAUGCCUGAGAUACUUAAGGACAUUUCUGCUACCAAUAAGUCGGUGAAAGUAAGUUCCCCCAAUAAGAAACGGGUUUCUCCACCCCACAACCACAAUCAUGAGCUUGGUGCAAGCUCUUCAGGGAGCUUGAGAAGUGGCCGCAAGUUCAUAUUGAAGGCUGUCCCUUCGUUCCCACCCCUUACCCCUUGUAGCAGUUCCAAAGGUAGUAAUACCAUUCAGAGCACCGGUAAUCUUCACGAUAAGGGUAGGAAGAAAUGAUUGACAGUGACACUGAUGGAGUCCACAUUUUUACUCCGGGGUGUCACUGUGGUAACUUCUCGCAAUUGGAAGCAGAAGACGUUUGUAUACAGUUAUGUAGGUUAAAUUAUUGUUAGGUUCGAAUGCAGAAAUAUCUUCAGAUAUCUUAUAUAUUCCCCUCCCCCCUAUCUUUGUGAUGAGCGAAUUCAAUUUGGUAUGUAAGUGUACCAAGAGGCUGCAUUUCUCAAGGUUAUUGCAGAAAUUGGAAACACAACGUUGUCAUCUUGUUUCUCAUGAUCUUAGUUUUCAUUUAUUUGUUGUUAAAAUUUUAUUCCUCCAUGGUUGGAGGCAAUGACUGAUUUGUUCCAAUUCUUGGUAAUUUAUGUUUUCCUUUUUUA